CCGCAGUCCUCCACGGUCGGGCUGGCGCUGUGCAGGUCGCCCGCUGGCGGCGUCCGGGGCCCGACGCCGAGCAGGCCGGGAGAGGCGGAGGCCACACCCCGCGGCCCAGGCGCUUCCCGCCGGUGAAUCAUCGCCCGCAGCAGCGGCUCCCGCAGUCCGCUGCAGCACCCCGGGCCCGGCCUCGCCCCAGCCGAGCGCAGCGCCCCGCCUCUCCGCGACCCCUCGCUCCGUGCCGUGCGCCACUCCCGAUCGGCACCAUGGCAGGCAUCGCCAUGAAGCUGGCCAAGGACCGCGAGGCGGCCGAGGGGCUGGGGUCGCACGAGAGAGCCGUCAAGUACCUCAACCAGGACUACGAGGCGCUGCGGAACGAGUGCCUGGAGUCCGGGACGCUCUUCCAGGACCCUUCCUUCCCCGCCCUGCCGUCGUCCCUGGGCUUCAAGGAGUUGGGGCCCUACUCCAGCAAAACUCGGGGCAUCGAGUGGAAGCGGCCCACGGAGAUCUGCGCUGACCCCCAGUUCAUCAUCGGAGGGGCCACCCGCACAGACAUCUGCCAAGGAGCCCUGGGGGACUGCUGGCUGCUGGCUGCCAUUGCCUCCCUCACCUUGAAUGAAGAAAUCCUAGCUCGGGUUGUGCCUCUAGAUCAGAGCUUCCAGGAAAACUAUGCAGGCAUCUUCCACUUCCAGUUCUGGCAAUACGGCGAAUGGGUGGAGGUGGUGGUGGACGACAGGCUGCCCACUAAGGACGGGGAGCUGCUCUUUGUGCACUCAGCAGAGAGGAGCGAGUUCUGGAGUGCCCUGCUGGAGAAGGCCUACGCCAAGAUCAACGGGUGCUACGAAGCACUCUCUGGCGGCGCCACCACUGAGGGCUUUGAGGACUUCACGGGAGGCAUUGCUGAGUGGUACGAGCUGAGGAAGCCUCCUCCUAACUUAUUCAAGAUCAUCCAGAAGGCUCUGCAGAAAGGCUCUCUGCUUGGCUGCUCCAUCGACAUCACCAGCGCUGCAGAUUCCGAGGCCGUUACGUACCAGAAGUUGGUGAAAGGACAUGCGUACUCCGUCACUGGAGCGGAGGAGGUUGAAAGCUCAGGAAGCCUGCAGAAAUUGAUACGAAUCCGGAAUCCCUGGGGAGAAGUGGAGUGGACCGGGAGGUGGAAUGACAACUGCCCCAGCUGGAACACGGUUGACCCAGAUGUGAGAGCGACUCUAACACAGCGGCAGGAGGACGGGGAAUUCUGGAUGUCCUUCAGUGACUUCCUGAGGCACUAUUCCCGCCUGGAGAUCUGCAACCUGACCCCGGACACCCUCACCUGCGACUCCUACAAGAAGUGGAAACUCAACAAGAUGGAUGGGAACUGGAGGCGAGGCUCCACUGCAGGGGGCUGCAGGAACUACCCAAAUACCUUCUGGAUGAACCCCCAGUACCUCAUCAAGCUGGAGGAGGAAGAUGAAGAUGAUGAGGAUGGGGAGAGGGGCUGUACCUUCCUGGUGGGCCUCAUCCAGAAGCACCGGCGACGGCAGAGGAAGAUGGGCCAGGACAUGCACACCAUUGGCUUUGGCAUCUAUGAGGUUCCGGAAGAGCUAAAAGGGCAGACCAACAUCCACCUUGGCAAGAACUUUUUCCUCACAACCCGAGCCAGGGAGCGGUCGGAUACCUUCAUCAACCUGCGGGAGGUGCUCAACCGCUUCAAGCUGCCCCCGGGAGAGUACAUCCUGGUUCCCUCCACCUUCGAGCCCCACAAGGAUGGCGACUUCUGCGUCCGCGUCUUCUCGGAGAAGAAGGCCGACUACGAAGUUGUCGAUGAUGAAAUCGAAGCCAACGUUGAAGAGAUUGAAGCCAAUGAGGAGGACAUUGAUGAUGGGUUCAGAAGGCUGUUCGUUCAGCUGGCAGGGGAGGAUGCUGAGAUCUCUGCCUUUGAGCUGCAGACCAUCUUGAGGAGAGUUCUAGCCAAGCGCCAAGAUAUCAAGUCGAAUGGCUUCAGCAUCGAGACCUGUAAAAUCAUGGUUGACAUGCUGGAUGAAGAUGGGAGCGGCAAGCUGGGCCUGAAGGAGUUCUACAUCCUCUGGACGAAGAUUCAGAAAUACCAAAAAAUUUACCGAGAAGCCGACGUUGACAGGUCUGGGACGAUGAACUCCUACGAGAUGCGGAAAGCUUUGGAAGAAGCAGGUUUCAAGCUGCCCUAUCAACUCCACCAAGUCAUUGUUGCCCGGUUUGCCGAUGAGGAACUCAUCAUCGAUUUUAACAGUUUUGUUCGCUGUUUGGUUCGGCUGGAAGUGCUAUUCAAGAUCUUCAAGGAGCUGGAUCCGGAGAACACUGGGACGAUAACGCUUGACCUUAUCUCUUGGCUGAGUUUUACAGUACUCUGAGGUUACACGCCUGAAGACUUCUAAUGGAAGAAAACAGUCAACGCCUGACCUUCUAAACACUUUGUAUCUGGACCUUGAACUUAAGGGAACAUUUACUUAAUCGGAUAUUAAAGAAGAAUAUAACCAUCUGAGAUAGAUGAAUUUUCACAUAUCAAAGAUUUGUGUAUCAUUAAGCCAAAUGCAAAUGAAUUGCAUAACCCUUAGGAAGCUCAAAAAAAGCUUUAUGUUUGUAAAUAGUAUAUACUUUUUAAGUCCACACAUUUUCCUGUUCAUAGCAAUAUUAAAUCAGAAAGGAAUGCAGAGAGGUUUAAAUAACUGGGCAAACAGUAAGUCAGUCUCUGAGGCCACAAGGCCUUGAUAGGAACUUUAAAAGAAAUUAAGUUUUAAAACGCAGUGGUGGCGUCUGCCACAGCAGCCCAGGGACUACCACUUGCCCUGAGCAAACUCAGGAAAUACAAUGAAGCAUCCUGAAAUAGCCUGGUGGAGACAUCUAAAGAAUCCAGGAGCCAAGAGUGGUGACUGGUACAACAGAAGUCUGAGACAAGGCCAACCUGAGCAAGACUCUGUCUCAAAAAAUAAAUGUCAAUUUAAAAAAUGCAUCCAUAAUUUGGUUCUAACAAAAGAUGGUUUUUAUACCCUUCAUGAACAGCAAGUCAUUCUUAAACUCAAGUCCUUGACCGUAUUUGGCCUUACACAUUUAAGUCUUAAGUCUUAUGAGUAGUGAGAGCAUUCUGCUCCUCACCAGCGGAACCAGGUGUCCAGUUUGCAAGAUCAUGAUAAAGGACAAACUGUUGGCUGCCUCGAAUUUUAUGUACUUCACUAACCCCAGGCAUUGUGCAUACUGCUGGGGAAGACAGGACUUAGAAGUUCUUCUUAAACAAGCUGGCUUCUUUAUCUUGGACAAAUGCUAGCAACAGACUAAACAUAUUGCCUUAUCUCCUUCCAAACAUACUGUUAAUAAAGAGUUGCGAUGCAGCCACA